GACGGCGUUUUAGUGCCACCUUAAAAAAAAAAAAAAAUUCUAAGAUUACGAGAUUAAACUCGUAAUAUUUCGAGAAUAAACUCGAAACUACGAGAAUAAAGUCGAAAGCUUACGAAAAUAAAGUCGAAAUGUUACGAGAAUAAAGUCGAAAUGUUACGAGAAUAAAGUCGAAAUCUUAUGAGAAUAAAGUCGAAAUGCUACGAGAAAAAAGUCGAAAUCUUAUGAGAAUAAAGUCGAAAUGCUACGAGAAAAAAGUCGAAAUAUUUCGAGAUUAAAAUCGUAGUAUUUUGAGAAAUAAAGUCAAAAUUACGAAAAUAAAGUCGUGAAUGUUUAAGAUAUGUUCUGUACAAGCACGUGUCGUCUGCGCCAGUGAGUUAGCUCUACGGAAGACCUUGCAAACAUCAAUCGUCAAAGGUAAGGUUUAUUAAAAUCUCUUUAGUAUGCAUACACAUUUGUAAAUGUAGUUUGAUAUAAUUUGAUAGAUAGGGUAUACGAUGGUACGGCGGCGUUGCAGUUAAAAGCGUAUUGCAUUUUUAAUGCUAGCAAUCGCGUUUUUUAAACUAUCUUUGAGGAUAACUGAUCAUAAAUAUCAUUAAUCAGGGGAUAAAACUGGCAGUGAGAUUUAAUAGUCAAGUUCGCGGAGCUGAAUUAGUAAACCUUGGUACGAGCUCCAUGUUUAGGAAGCAAAGUUAUCCAAUUUAAAUUAACACUUCUGUGCACUACUUUGCAGCCCCAUGAUGGAGGAAAAUAGUGAUAAUAUUUUCAAUUUCCUGAGAAAUCGACGCAUCCCUGAAGAAGAAAUUACAUUAAUGAAGCAGCAAAAGAUUGACAGAGAAGUCAUCCUACUUAUGGACGAUGCAGACCUGGCAAAGUACCUUCCCUCAUAUGGAGACAGGAUUGCCCUGAUACAUUUUUGCAGGCGUCAGACCCCAUCUGCAAAGCGAAAGCUGGGUCUUUUCGAGAAACUGAAAGAGAAAAUGAAGCUUAGGAAGGAGGCAAAUGGGGAUGAACAGGAGCCACAAACAUCAAACAAAAAAGCAAGCUGCAAAGCAAAAUCAUGCAAAAGAAACAUUGAAAUUGGGUGGAUUCACAAUGAAAAUGGUGUAAUAAAACAGGUUCGAGCAAGGCAAGGUGGGGGGACCAGAAAACUGCAGAUAAACACUGAGGCAAGACAUGAUGAUAUACUAAAAGAAGGAAAGGCAUUAUUCUUUCAGAAUGGAAACUCCACCAAAGGCCAAGAGUCUGAUUUUGAAUUCGAAGUUUGGGAUUUCAAGCAAAAUCCACUCCCCAUUGAUGUCUCGGUUGGAAUGAUUUAUAACACUGUCAAACUCCCCAUUUUACGUUUCUAUAUAGCAACUCGUCCAAUACUGAGCUUGACUGAGGAGUCUAGUGAUGAACCUGACCAGGCUGGUGACAUAUCGGAUUCAGAUUCAACAAAAGUUGAUGACUGUUCUCAGAGUGAAAACUUGAGUGAGCUUGAGGAGACUGUUCCUGAUGUUUUUUUCAUUUCUGAUGAAGACGUUAGCCUACAUUCCUCAGAAGACCAUCAUGCAGGCAUGCAAUUCAAUGUCAGCAGUGACCCAGAGAUCACAUUUGGUCCACAACAGCCUACUGAGGAAGAUUUUCUCAGUGACACAGUGAUCCAUGACCCUUGUGACUCACCACAAAAUGUUCCUAAUGAUUUACAGAACAGGAAUUUGACCAUACACUACUCACAUAGCUUCAACGACAUGAUUGAGGCAUUUUCUGACCAUGAGAUUGUCACCCAGUCCUUGACAGUAAAACGUAUACUUCCCAACAACUCAGAGGAAGCAGGUAGUGGGCCAGGCGUCCUUCGUGAUGUGUACAGUAACUUCUGGUCUGAUUUCUAUGAACACUGCACCAUCGGAACAUCUGUAAAAGUGCCUUUCCUCAGGCAUGACUUCAGCAGUGACAAGUGGAAAGCUGUGGGGCGAGUCCUUCUUAAAGGGUUUAAAGACUGCAAAUACAUCCCCAUCAAGAUUGCUCAACCAUUGUUUGAGGAAAUACUGUUUGGGGUUGUAUAUACAGACCUGAAGGCAACAUUCCUGAAGUUUGUCAGCUGCCAGGAGCGAGAUGUUCUCAAUCAAGCACUCAACGACUUUUCCUCUGUCGACAUGGAUGAGCUUUUGGACAUCAUGAACACUUAUGAGUGCAGGAGGAUGGUCACUGCUUCCUCUCUACCAGGAAUAAUUGACGAAAUUGCUCACAAGGAACUCAUUCAGAAACCAAUGUUCGUUAUUGACUGCUGGAGGGAGGUCACAAAAGACCUGAUCUCUUUAAGCUGUGAAGAAAUUCAACAGCUAUACAAAGACUUGAAACCAACACCAAAAAAGGUGACUGGCCUGUUGAAGUUCCCAUCAGAAAUGUCAGAAAAUCAAACAGAGGUUGCCAAUCACUUGAAAAGGUACAUCAGGGAAAUUGACGAAGACAAACUCUGCAGAUUUUUGAGAUUCUGUACCGGUUCCGAUUUGGUGGUUACAGAGGCCAUUCAGGUAGAGUUCACCAUCCAGACAGAUUUCACUAGAAGGCCAAUUGGACAUACCUGUGGAAUGGUCCUAGAACUCUCUGACUCCUAUGAUAAUUUCCCACAGUUCCGUGCUGAAUUUAACUGUGUUCUGGAAAGUAACAUCUGGGUCAUGGACAUUGUGUAGCUGGAUAAUUUUCUAAACACACACAUCACACAC